GGAAAGGAGGUUCGAUCAGUGCCCGCGAGAUCGCCCGCGCAACCGCACGCUUGACGUCCGCGCCAUCUUGCACAACGCCCGCCAAAACUUACACUUUUCAAAGUGCGUUCUGUAUUUGAAAAAUCGAACGUGACAGUUGUUUAUUAGUGGACUUGUUUUUUUUUUAGUUUUUUUUUACGUGACCACCAAGGAGGCUUUGGACAAUCAAGAUAAACAGUGGACGGUGGAAGAGUUACGGCAGUGAAUUAUGUCAGUGUGUUGUUUCUACAAUGACCAGAUAACAGUGUUACCGAUCAAAUCGUUCACGUGAUGCCAACACGUUAGUUACGACCGGGACUGUUGGCUUAGUGAGUUGACAUUUCGCGUCAAUGCCGCGUGUGUAGGCAAUGGCUUUGACAAAUUUCACGCUCACGGGCGUCGGCGCGGCAACGCCGGCGUUCGUAUCCACCACCGCAUCAACACCCCUGCGAGUCGGACUCGACGACUUAUUAUAUUCACCUGAUGAGUACCAACAAGACGUCCCAGCACAGCCAUCAGAAAAUGAACCAUUCAUUCCACCAAAUCAGCGUCGGCCAAAAGUCAGAAAACGGGCCGGCACUGCCUACCUACCACCUGCCAAUCAGUAUAUGCAUUACCAGAAUGAGGCUCAACAAAAUCCUUACGCAGCACCCCUGCAUACCCAAGUAUAUCCACAAAACUCAAGACUAAACGUGCAGAUAGAAAAUCAGCGCGUAAAAGAAGUGAAUACACCAUAUGACGUAUCAGGGCAAUAUGAUAACACAGGGCAGUAUGUCCAUGAUCCUACGGGUGACUAUGAUUAUGAGCAGAAAAGAAUGAAUCAGCGCCCGUCUGGGCAACCGUACAACCCUGGGUACGCGGAUGCGCCAUAUCCACCGGCAAUGAAGCCAAACCCCCCAUCUAGUCGGAGGUUCGAUGAAAAUUCGAAUCAAAAUGUGAAUAACUUCAAUUUUAACAGGCCGCUUAGUAGUACGCCAGCCCCAACUAGGCCGCCCAGUAAUCAGGGUAGCAAGACUGGUGGUAGUGAGACUGGACAAAAUCCUCCGGAGAGACCGCGAGGGUUUACUAAAGUGGAAACUGGUGGUUCAGGUGGCAAGACACAGCUACAUGCAGUUCUUGAUUACGAUGACGAGGAUUACUAUGAUGAUCCUGAUCCAGAUUCGGGUCAGCCAUCAGUAACGCCUCUUCAGGGUCCAAUCCUCCUCCGCAACGGGUCUGUUCCAGUGGUGCCCCUGACAUCAUACCGGACGAUCAACAAUGGUUCCUUCUACCAAAUACCUAUACUAUGGACUGCGCUGUCGUUAGCGUUGGGCUACGAACUCCAAGGCCAGAUCAUCCGAGGGGUUCCGUGCGUGAAGCGUAACUUCCAGUUGUAUUGUCCAACAGCUGGUAACACCUAUCCAUUAGAUAAAAUCGAGAACUUCAUAGACGAGAACAAAGCUUUAAUAAAGCGGAUGUACGGUUCGUUUACGACGCCGGCCGGGAAUCGGGUGAGACGGGCGCCUGGGGUGCCUGACAUGCACGAUGCUACUGGUGACUCCUACUUCAGACAUGCUCGACAAGCCAGCAAUACACGGCUGCCUGAUGCGCAAGCCGUCAAUAACACUGGCAGAGUGGACGCCUGCGAGAGCAAGACAGAGAUAAUGACGCCAUAUUGGGCAUUAAAUUCUGCGAGAAAGUUGCGCGCAAUCGUCAACACUAUGCAUUUUGAACAAGCGAUACAUCAGGAAACGUGCAGUAAAACAACAACAGCAAGGUGUACACGUGACUGCGGAUGUGAGCAAAAGUACAAAUGGCACAGGCUCCUCGCGUAUGAUCCCAACGACGACUGUGCAGGCAUAUUCAUGGAUUGGUUCUUAUUCCCUUCUUGUUGUGUGUGCAGAUGUAAUCCUUGAUACCUACACCGAAAUAUCAUACCUAUCACGUUUAUUAUAAGGUCUUAAAUUCAAGCCUUUACAUCAUACAUUCAGCCUGCUAAGUGCGCAAUUUAAUGUAUAUACCUACAUAGUAUGCUUCAUGGAACAAUUUACUUAGAUCCACGUUGAUAUUAAGGUGGAAAAAGGUUCCUAAUUUUGGCACCGUAAUGAGUACAGCUUAAAUACUUUAGCAAUUGUUUCAUUAAGAGUCAAGAAUAAAAACAUAGAAUUAUCAUUUAUGAACGAUCGUAUUCUAAACUUAGUUAUAAGGAAUACGAGAAAUGUCUUCUGUAUUAUAUUUUCUUGUUCCUGUGACAAACCAAUUUGCUUCAGCGCAACUCCCCUACUUUUCCUGCCCAUUCUUUUUAUUAUAGCCAAAUUUUCGUCGACUGAGGUUUUCUUUCCAUACCAACUCACAAUAAUAAAAUUCAUAAAGGAUUUUUUUUCUAAAAAUGUGAUGGCAAAUGUCCUUGACAUACUUAAAUACUAAAUCUAUUUUUGGCUUAAUUAAAUUAUACCGUGAAUUUGACAAUGAAUUAAAAUUUAAAAUAUGCCUUGUGAUAUACAUCUUAAGGCAUACUUUCUACUACAUUCUACUACAUCUUUCAGAAUUGUAUUUUAUAAUAUCAUUGCAGGAAAAUAAUGUAAUAUUUUUGCAAUGACUUGGCUAAUUAAUAUUUGUACAGUCAAAUUCAGAUGUCAAUCCUUCAACUUUUACACCUAAUUAGGAAAUCACAAUAUUACAAUUUGUUUAAUAUAAGUCGCAACAUUUUUGUAAAUUCGUCAUUAAAUUUAGUAUUUCACAUUGUUUUUGAUUGUACCUGUAUUAUAAAACUUAAUUAUAAUUUAAAUUUAGUUUCAAAUAUGAAAUGGAACACUGCCAUUGUUUAGCAUAAUAAGUUCUUCAUCUAUUUAAAAUGCAUAAAAAUAAUUGAUUUUCUUCUAAAUGUUCGAUAAUAUUGGUUUUGCAAUUCUUAAAUAUAAGGUGUAGAUUUUAAGACGUAGUAUUGGUAAGAGCCUACUUAAUACCUUUAUUUUAAAGACAACUACUAAUAUAUGUUAUAAUUAGGAUAAUUACUUGUAUUUAUAUUGUCAUGUGUUAAACGUAAGUACAGAGACGGUUUUCCAACAUAAAAUAAUUCAUAGUCGAUCUCUAUUUUGUAGCAAAACUUGUAUUGAAAUCAUAAAUAUUUUGAUAUGUCAACAUCGUUGGAAAGCAGCCUAAGAUACUCAAAUAAAAUAAUGAUAAACAAACAAAAACUUUAUCUACAUUUUGAAUAAUAAAAGUGCAAUGGAAUUUUA